CUUACCCCAGAAUCGGCUCCAUCUCAGGAAGAAUCAUUUUAUAAUUAUUUGAGGAGAAAUUUUUAUCAGUUGUUGUUACACUGAGCUUCAAGAUUCUAAGCAUUGACCAUCCCUGAGUGUCCUGCAUGUGGUUUGCUUGCUUAUUAUUAUGUAUUAAUCUGACUUAUGUAUUAAUCUAUUUAUUACUCUUGAUCAAAAGUCUGUGGUUCCCUAAUUUUACGUGUGAGCGUUGUUCCUGUGUUACUUGGACCUGUGAGAGCAGAUUUGUGGUUUCCGCCCCUGACAACAUUGCACUCUGGUUAAUGCACAUCGGACAAGGUGAUGUUGCUGCAGUUACACCCACACUUACCCAGCAUCACUGGCCUUGAGAAUCAUAGUAUCAGCACUUCUCAUGGAAUGUCUGUUGCCCUUCAUCCUCCCCUUGAGGACCCUCCAGGAGGAGAGCAGCACCACACCCACUAUCCAGUGGCAACUGGUGCUGUGAGAAAGGCUGCAACUAGGGCCUCUGUAGUCUGUGAACACCCCGACAGCAACAACCCUCUGGAGGAACACGUUCUGGGUAGGGGAUGACAUUUGUCCAUGAGCAUCAGAAAUAUGACUCAAUCUGUGUUUGAGAAGGGUGAUGUGUGUCAUGUCCUGGCCUCCCUGUUGGACUUGUCAUCCAUCCUCACUCACUUGGGAAGACGUCCUAUAUCACCUCUUGUAAGGGGAACAUUUGGGCACUUGCAUUUUUCCCACUUCCUUCCUACUUUGCAUUUUUAUAUUUAUCUCAACAUCAGAGUCCAUCUCUUUUCAAGUAUUUCUUAGUGAACAGGCUGCCAUUUUGACUCAUUUUACCUGUUAUUGAAAACUCCCAAGUAGCUGAGGUCCUCAGAGAUUUUCUUUGUUCACAUGUCCAAUCCUUAUAAAAUUUGUUUACAUUUGGGACCAAUAUGUGAGCAAAAGUCCACAUAGAGUCUAUUUACUUUCCUCUAUCCCAGCAUCUUGAUCUCAAGAAAUUAAAUAUGGUGCCACUGUUGCAGAUUGUUUCACACAGAAAACCAGUGGAUCAUGUCUUCAGAGGAACAUUUUGGAGAGUGAAAUACCCAGUGAAGAGGAAACAAUUAGAUCCACAAGACAUGACUACUGGUCUGUUUUUAGAGGACAUUGGAUAUUUCAUAACAUUGGAGAUCAGCAUGAAAUGCAGGAAAGGCAUCUGAGGACACGGUGGUCUUUGCGGAUGUGGCUGUGAACUUCACCCGGGAAGAGUGGGCUUUGCUGGAUGGUGCUCAGAGGAAGCUCUACAGAGAAGUGAUGCUGGAGACCUGCCGGAACCUGGCCUCCGUGGAUUGUUUCACUCAAGUUAAAACCAGUGCAUCAUGUCCUCAGCAAGAUAAUUUGGAGAAGGAAAUAUCCAGUGAACAGAAAAUAGUAAAGUUCACAAGAAAUGAUUUCUGCUCUGUUUUUAGAGAAAACUGGACAGUUUAUAACAUUGCAGAUCAGCACCAAACCCAAGAGAGCCAUUUGAGGAGUCAUUGUGUGGAGAGUCCCUGGGAAGGUCACGGAGGUGAUCGGUGUGGACACACCUUGAACCAGGUCACAGAGCUUCCUGUGCCUGAGCGACAUCUGACUGGAGUUCAACCCUCUGACUGCACUAUGUGUGGAAAAGUCUGCACGGAUUGUUGUUUCCUGAAGAAUCAGCCCAGAUCUCCCACUGGACACAACCCUCAUGUGUGUGAGGAAUGUGGGCGAGCCUGUAGGUGUGUCUCUUGCCUGAGCUCUCAUGUGGGAACAGACUUUGUGGGGAAACCCUGCACAUGUCAGGAUCCUGGGACAGUGCCUAAGAAACAUACGAGGACGCUCAGUAGUAAAAACUCUUGUGAGUGUAAGAAAUGUGGAAAAGCUUUCACUUGCCCCUCAUCGUUUCGGGAACAUCUGAGAGGUCAUUGUGGACAGAAAAUCCACGCAUGCAAAGUAUGUGGGAAAGCCGUUAUGUAUUACUUUUACCUUACAGGACAUGUGAGAACUCACAGUGGAGAGAAGUCCUAUAAAUGUAAGGCAUGUGGGAAAGCUUUUGGCAGUCCAAAGUACUUUAGAAGACACCUGAGAACGCACAGUGGAGUGAAACCCUAUGUGUGUAAGGAGUGUGGGAAAGCCUACAGGUAUCUCACAAACCUACAAGAACAUACAAGAACACACAGUGGGGAGAGACCCUAUGUAUGUCAGCACUGUGGGAAAGCCUUUAGUCGUCAUUCCUCCCUUCGAGGACAUGUGAGGACACACAGUGGAGUGAAACCCUAUGAAUGUCGGCAGUGUGGGAAAGCCUUCAGGUAUCCUGCAAACCUGCAAGUCCAUGUGAGGACACACACUGGAGAGAGGCCCUGCCAAUGUCAGCACUGUGGGAAAGCAUUUAGGUAUGCUGCAUCGCUGCGAGUACAUGUUAGGACACACACUGGGGAGAGGCCCUACGAAUGUCAGCAAUGUGGCAAAGGCUUCAGUAGUCACUCUUACCUUCAGAAACAUGUGAGAACACACAGUGGGGAGAAAUCCUAUGAAUGUAAGGAGUGUGGGAAAGCUUUUAGGCAGCUUCAGCAUUUUCAAGGUCAUAUGAGAAUACAUAGUGGAGUGAAACCCUAUGAAUGUAAAGAGUGUGGGAAAGCCUACAGUUUUCUCUCAUCCCUUCGAAUACAUGGGAGAACACACAGUGGGGAAAGACCCUUUGAAUGUCAGCACUGUGGGAAAGCCUUCAGUCGUCUCUGUUCUCUUCGAGGACAUAUGAGAUCACACAGUGGAGUGAAACCCUAUGAAUGUAAGGAGUGUGGGAAAACCUUCAGGUAUCCUGACAACCUGCGAGUGCAUGUGAGAACCCAUACUGGGGAGAAACCUGAUGAAUGCCAGCACUGUGGGAAAGCCUUCCGGUAUCCAACAUCCCUGAGAAAACACAUGAGAACGCAUGGUGAAAAGAAUACCUAUGAAUGUCAGCAGUGUGGGAAAGCCUUCAAGUAUCUCGAAUCCCUGCAAGCACAUGUGAGGACACAUGAUGGACAGAAACCGUGAAUAUAAGGACUGUGGGAAGCCUUCAUUCUUCCUUAAAAUGUUAUUGUAAAUGUGUGCAAACACACUGGAGAGAAACUAUGGAUGGAAAGAAUGUGGAAAACCUUUAUAUGUAACACUUCACUUAUUUUGUACAUGGAAACUCAGAGCAGCACUGAAAUCUUCUAUUUAUUAUAAAUAUGGUUUUGCCUUUGUAAAUAGCUCAUUCUUAAUACUGAUUUCCAGUGUAUUAAUUUCUGGUUCAUGUUGCUGAUAUGAAAACUUAAGAUAAUAAAUACUUCUUUAUGUCCCUUUAUCUGGAUUACAUAUAUUUUAUUACCUUGGACUUCAAAAGUACAGUUGUGUAAAACUUGUCUCAUUUUCAUUACAAUGUCUUUUGGACCCAGGGGUAAUAAGUGGUUUUUGUUUUCUUUCAUGUGAAGCUUGAUAUAAUUUCAGAUGAAAAACUUUUUUGAUUUUUAGUUUCUAUCAUGUUUCUACUGUGUGAUCAUGAUAUGAGAUCUACAUUGGCAUUUCAGUUCUGUUCCACUGCUGCAGAUACUGGAAUUUUAUGACCUGAUAUCUACCCUUUCCUUUAAUCUUUAUUAUUGAAAGAUGUGUUUCUCUUUUUUUUUUUUUUAAAGAUUUUAUUGGGGGAGGGGAACAGGACUUUAUUGGGGAACAGUGUGUACUUCC